AUGCUGUCCGGGGUGCAGCCGUGCUUCCAGUUGCUUCGGAUCGGUUCGUCGGCGGGAGACUCUGCGCGGGACCUGUACACGUUCAGGCCGGCGCUGAUCCACUCGGUUUUCCGUCUGGGCCGCGCGGCCGAGCUGUGCGACGUCACGUUGGAGUCGACGUCGGUGUCGCGGAUCCACGCUGAGCUGUACGCCGAGAGGGAGGCGAGCGAGGACAACGCUGCUUCACAGGAAGAGGGAUGGAUGGUCCACAUCAAGGACAGGAGCAGUCAUGGCACCUGGGUCAACGAGGUUCGGCUGCAGCGAGGCGUCCAGUGGGAGCUCUCGGACGGCGACACGCUGACAUUUGGUGGCCAGUCGGUUGCUGGGAGCCCUGAGUUCUACUUCCUCUUCCAGAAGGUCAAAGUUCGCCCGCUGGACUUCGAUGCCAUCACAAUCCCAAAGGCGGGAACGUUCUCCUCCGACUUACAGAACCGGAUCAGAACCAAUCUGGAACGCAAAGUGGCACCGAACCUUGACCUGUCCAAGCUCUCCAUCAACCGCUCCACUGUGAUCCUCAGCUCUAUCGGCAGCCUCAGCAAGAUGAAGGGCAGCGCCUGGACCUUCCAGAGGAGCCACAGCCUCGAGGGAACAACCUCGGACCCCGGCUUGUCCUCCUCGCCUCCUCUCAGCGCAGGCUACUCCUCGCUGCUCCCGCCUUCCACUCCUCCAUCGUUCUCCUCUACACCUUCAGCGCCUUCGACAAAGUCCCUCCCCCCGACCUCCCGGAGCAGGAGGAAGUCGGCUCACACGGUGCUGCUGGAGGACGACAGCUCAGACGAGCCCAGAAGUAGAGGAGCUGUGUCGGCAGUUGUGGAGGACGGACAGAGAGCGAGGGGAAAGAAGAGGCGGCGGCUCUACAAGUCCGAAUCGGAGAGUUUCAGCUCACCUCCUCCUCUUCCGCUUCAGCCCAAGAGCCACAACGACGUCAGGCGGCCGCUGGAAGCCAAACCCUUCCCCGUCGGUAUCAGGACCAUCGGCAGUUUCCACGGCGCCAUGACCAACAGCAGACUCAACCACAAUCACGUCCUCCAGGCGUCUUUCACCAACGCUGCCAUUCACAAACAGGAGCUGGAGACGAUGCGGCGCGUUCAGACGGUGAUGCACGGCAACAUCGUAGCUUUCCGCCAACAGAAAUCUGCGCACAGUUCUCCGUCGGCGCAGAGGGGCAGGCGGAGGCCACACAGCUCUCCGGUUUUCUCUCCCCUGGUGGUGGGAGGGGAGAACUACAGCCUAGCCUCGCCCUCAGUGAGGAUCCGCACUGAAGGCCGGGUGCAGUUUAACAGAUUUCACCAUCAAACCAGUAAACGACGAGGCCGCCCAAGGAAACACCCUCUCCCUCCCCGGCCUUCCCUACCAUCUCCCUCCUCCUCAUCCUCCUCCUCCACCUCCUCGGCCUCGUCCUCCUCCGGCUCCUCCUCCUCCUCAUCCUCCGACGACGAGGACGACGAUGACGACGAGGAGACGGCGUCCGGCGCGGUGGAGCCGUGCGCUGCCCCGCGGUGUCGGCUGCCCCAGCAGGACACGGUGCAGUGGAUCCAGUGCGACGUGUGCGACGCCUGGUACCACAUAGACUGCCUGCACGUCGACCGCAAGAAGCUCCUGAUGGACCCCAACGCCGACUUCCACUGCGGCUGUCGCUGA